AUGUUGUCGUUGAAUACUCUCAAGGUCGGAGCUCUGCUUGGCCUGGUUGCCAUUGCAUCUCCGGUUCAUGGAUCGGAGAGCUCAUCUAAUGAAUGCCGAUGUUUCCCCACAGAUGAUUGCUGGCCUUCAGUUUCAGUCUGGAAUGCUUUCAAUCAAUCUGUCGACGGUCGCCUCGUGGCUACAGUGCCUCUCGCAACUCCUUGUCACACACCUAACUAUAACAAAGAAACAUGUGAGGACUUGAGAGAGGGAUGGGAUAUGCCAGAGGAACAAAAGAACUUGAGUAUUGACAGAGUCACCAGCUACAAAUCCUCCUCCUCAUUUAUGGCUCCGCUCUUUACCAAUGGAACCUGCGACCCUUACCACCCUAUCUCGAAGCCAUGCACCCUUGGUAACUUUGUUCGAUAUGCUGUCAAUGUCUCUACUCCCACUCAUGUGGCCAAGACCUUGAAGUUUGCAACCGAGCACAACAUUCGGUUCAUUAUCCGCAACACCGGUCAUGAUUACAAUGGCAAAUCCACCGGUGCAGGUGCUAUCUCGGUCUGGACUCACCACUUGAAGGACAUUGAGUUCAAGGACUGGAGUGACAAGCACUAUACUGGAAAGGCAGCUAAGCUUGGAGCUGGUAUCCAAGGAAUCGAGGCGUAUGAAGCGGCCCACGAGCGCGGUCUUCGGAUGGUAAGCGGGGAAUGUCCCACUGUCGGUAUGGCCGGUGGAUAUAGCCAGGGAGGAGGUCACUCCGCUCUCAACUCAAGAUACGGUCUUGGUGCGGAUCAAGUCCUCGAGUGGGAAGUUAUCGAUGGAAAUGGAAACUUCCUCACUGCCAACCGUGAGGAAAACACCGAUCUCUACUGGGCACUCGCUGGUGGAGGUGGUGGUACUUACGGUGUUGUCUGGUCUAUGACUUCUAAGGCUCACGAAGAUAGCAAGGUGUCUGGCCUGAACCUGACCUUCACAACUACCGGUAUCUCGGACGAGACUUUCUUCAAGGCUGUGGAAUUCUACAACUCUCGUCUGCCUUACAUUGUGGAUGAAGGAGUGAUGAGUCUGUGCUUCCUCACCAAUGCCUCUUUCGCUAUCGAGCCUAUGACUGGACCCGGUGUCCCCCUGGCGAAGCUCGAGAGCCUUAUUGAGCCCGUCCUGAAGGAGUUUACUCGCCUGGGUAUCAAUUAUACCUACCAGACUGAGGAGUUUGACUCUUACCUUGAUCAGUUCAAUACUCAGGUCCCCGUCGUCGAAGUUGGUGUUGCGCAAUACGGUAGCUGGCUUCUUCCGCGGACAGUUGUCGAGAGCUCUAAUGGUCUCCAUGAGCUGACAAACUCCAUUCGUACUGUCCUGGCCGAGGACGCAACCUUCACUACCGUUGCUGUCAACGUCUCAAAGGAAGUAACCGGAGAUGUUUAUAACGCUGUGAACCCAGCUUGGCGCACUGCAAUUGCCCACACACUCAUGUCCACCGCUUGGGAGUACGAUGAGCCAAAGAAGAUGCAAGAGAAGCGAGACCUGAUGACCAAUAAGCUGGUUCCUGCUGUUAGUAGGUUGGGACCUAAUUCUGGUGCCUAUCUGAAUGAGUGUGACUUCCAGCAGCCUAACUGGCAAUAUGCUUUCUAUGGAAAGAACUACCAGACUCUCCGCAGCAUCAAGCAGAAGUAUGAUCCUAACCAUCUCUUCUAUGGUUUGACUGCUGUGGGUUCCGAGGACUGGACUGUUUCGUACAGCGGACGUAUGUGCCGCUCUAACAGUUCAAGCUCCCAUAUUGAUAUUUGA